UAAAUAUUGGGAGGAGGCCUGGUCGACGACCGGGCCGCGGGGACACUAAGCCCCGGAAGCACCUCAAGGUAACCUCAAGGUAACGUAUGUGCAUUACUCACUGGUUGAGGUACUUAAAGUGACCACAGAGAAGCACCUGGAGUAGGCAACAGUGAUCAGAUACCUGAUCAACCAGGCUGUGAUUCAUACGUCAGGCUGCGAGCAGCCGCGUCAAACAGCCUAGUUGACCAGUCCAGCAACGAGGAGGCCUGGUCGACGACCGGGCCGCGGGGACGCUAAGCCCCGGAAAUACUCCAAGGUAAGAUACCAUUUACCAAACGCCUUGUAUACCUAGAUACUAAAGUAAAUCCCCGUCUGAAUAUCCAACUCCAUCCAUCACAGUGAGUGAAAUCAUCAGUUUGAUGAUCCAAAUCAAAAAUAACGCGCCUACAUAAAUGAUCGAAUACACUAAGAACUAUUCAAUAGAUAAUUGCAAGAAAUUAAAGUGAAAAUAGAGUUACGCUGUAUGAUAAGAUCUUAAAAACAUAGUGACUCUCCGGUGAAGAAACCUUGCAACUGAUAAGGGGAGCAACAUUACUUCUGCCACCUUCGAGACAUCACAGAAUUCUAGAUAAAGUGAGGUCACCCAGACCGGCUGAAUUCUUCAAAUAAUGUAUCCCCUGAAGCCCCGUGGUUGGUGGUAGCCCUGCAGCCCCGUGGUUGGUGGUAGUCCUGCAGCCCCGUGGUUGGUGGUAGUGUGGAUGGUGUCCCAGUGCUCACAACAAGUCAUCAGUCGCCUGUUGAUGGUCGAACUCAACUCAUCAAUCGGAUAUCAAUGCUGUGGUAGUGGAGAGUCAAGUUAUCAUCAAUCGCGGCAUCUUGGGUAACGUAGCAGCGUACCUUGAUCAGGAUGGUGCUGGUGGAACUGCUGUCGGGGCUGAGCGGUCUAGUGAAGGUGAAGAACUGUGCAGACAUCGACAGUGCCGUCUUCAAGCUUCACUACCGCCUUACAGCCACCUUGCUCUUCGGCUUCUGCCUCCUCGUCACCGCCAACAGCCUAGUCGGUGAUCCUAUAAGCUGUGUGCAUGACGCCCACCCCAAGAUGCCAGACAAGGUGGUCAACACCUACUGUUGGAUACACACUACCUUCACCCUCCCCAAGUACAUCAACAAGGGUUACGGUCGAGGUACAGGAGUAGUGUAUCCAGGUGUGGGGCCUCACACACCUUCAGACAACCUCAUGUAUCACGCCUACUAUCAGUGGGUGCCCUUUGUACUCUUUCUUCAGGGUCUGAUGUUCUACGCACCGCAUUGGUUAUGGAGGACGUGGGAGGGAGGUAAGCUGGAGUCCAUAGUGAUGGGCCUCUCCGUACCAGUCAUGAACAGAGACGAACGCCGUGAGAAGAUAUAUCUCCUAGCCGAAUACCUCCACUCCUCUAUACACUACCACAACUUCUACGCCAUCAAAUUCUUCCUUUGUGAGCUGCUCAACUUAGGCAACUCGCUGUUCAAUAUGUGGUUUUUGAACAAGUUCCUGGGAGGGACAUUCCUCACAUACGGUAUUGAUGUGUUGUAUUUCACGGAGACCAACCAGGAUGAACGAACAGACCCGAUGAUUGUGGUUUUUCCCAGAGUGACCAAGUGUAACUUCAACAUGUACGGUCCCUCAGGGUCUAUCGAGACCCACGACCUCAUGUGUGUCCUAGCCCUCAACAUCAUCAAUGAGAAGAUAUACGUCUUCCUAUGGUUCUGGUUCGUCAUUCUGGCGAUCAUUAGCACCUUGGCGCUCAUUUACCGACUUCUAGUGUUCUGUGUACCUGCUAUCCGGUCAGGCCUCCUGCAGAAGAGGGCGAGACUCCGCUACAAGAAUGGCCUCGACAUUAUUACAAAAAAGCUUCAAGUGGGGGACUUCUUUUUGCUUUAUCUUCUAAGCAAAAAUGUGGAGCUCGUCUCCUUUAGUUCCCUGAUGGAAGAGCUGUCGUCUCGCCUAGCAAAGAGACCCGUCCAUCCGGACCUAGAAGUCUCGGCGCCACCCCAAAUACCCGAACGUUACCCCCUUAUAAACGAAAAUGCGUGACGUCACUUCUGAGUUUUACUUCAAACAACAAAAAGCUGUAUAAACACCACAGACUGUUAUCAUCUUAAGUUUGAUGCUUAGAUUGUAGUUGACCUUCAGUAACGGAGUGUUCCACAGUUAUCUCCUUAUUAGAGUAAUGUCUGACGACCAUCGCAUUUGUCAUGCGUGGGAUGAUUAGUAUUAAUUGUUAAAAAAUGAUGAUAAUUUGGAUUAAACUGCUUUGUUUACCGAUUUGACAUGAAUGGGGGCUAUUUUUACAUGGAUUUACUGGUGUGGAAGAUGUUGGUGAGUACUUACCUAGUUGUACUUACCUAAUUGUGCUUGCAGGGGUUGAGCUCUGGCUCUUUGGACCCCGCCUCUCAACUGUCAAUCAACUAAUGUACAGGUUCCGUACAUUAGUUGAGUGUGUGUAUGCUAAGUGUGUGAUGUAGUGAGUGUUGGUGCUUGUGCUUGACGUGGUGAAAGUUGAAGUGUGGAGUUUAAUGUUAUGAAUGUUACUGCUAGUUUGUGGAGUGACGACAGAUCCCUUUAAACGUUAUAUAUCGAAUGAAUAAAUCAACAUUUACUGUUGCAGCUCAGCUGUUCUUGACCAAUAUUUGAAAACAACAAAGAAGUUAGUGUUUUGCUUUAUCCUAUUCCAGCUUAAACAUUCUGUUUAUUUUAUAAGACCGCAGUUAAAAUCCAUACAAUCCCGAAUUAAACUAUUCAAUUUUCUUA